AUGGGCAUAACGAGCAGAUUAAAUAUCCCCUUUAUGGGCCGCAACUCUACUUCUACAAAUGGCGACACUUCUCAAGGCGAAAAGCAAACUUAUCAAAAUGCACCUCCUAUACCUAUAGUUACCAUACACUCCUUCAUCAUGGGAGUGUUUGUCUCCAUAGGAGGCUUUGUCUUUGGAUACGACACUGGUCAGAUUUCUGGUUUCUUGGGUAUGAAAGAUUUCAAGGAGAGGUUUGGGCAGAGGGAUUCUGUCGGUGACGGUUACCACUUCAGCAAUGUCCGAUCUGGACUUAUUGUUGCACUACUUUCAAUCGGCACAUUGAUGGGAGCCUUGACAGCUGGUCCUGUUGCGGACAGAAUCGGCAGGAAGUGGUCAAUCUCAGCAUGGUGUAUCAUGCUCCAUGUAGGUCUCAUCGUACAGAUGACAGCUGAACAGCCAAAGUGGUAUCAAAUUGUUGUUGGAAGAUGGAUCGCUGGGUUAGGCGUUGGCGCACUGAGCUUAUUGGUGCCUAUGUAUCAAUCAGAAAGCGCACCAAGGCACAUUCGUGGCGCACUUAUCAGUACAUAUCAAUUGUUUAUUACCAUUGGUAUUUUUGUUGCGAAUUGCAUCAAUUUUGGUACCGAAAAACGUAACGACACUGGGUCUUGGCGUAUCCCGCUUGGAAUAUCCUUUUUAUGGGUCAUUAUUCUCGGGUUUGGCAUAAUCUUCUUUCCAGAAAGUCCUCGAUACGAUUAUCGUCAUGGCCGGACUGACCAAGCAAAAGAAACGAUGAGGAAACUCUAUGGCGUCUCUGCAGACCAUCCUGUCUUGGCCGAGGAGUUUGCCGAGAUCCACGCCAAGUACGAAGAAGAACAGCUACACAAAAACCAAAAAUGGUAUGAGAUGUUCACAGCACCACGAAUGGCUUAUCGUAUAGCACUUGGUGUCACUCUUCAGUCACUUCAACAACUCACCGGAGCAAACUAUUUUUUCUACUACGGCACAGUUAUCUUCACAAGUACCGGUAUUCACAAUUCCUAUGUUACACAAAUGAUUCUAGGAGGUGUAAAUUUCGGGUCGACUUUUCUUGGUCUUUAUGUGGUUGAGCACUUUGGUCGAAGGAAGUCACUUGUAUUUGGGGCAAUGUGGAUGUUUGUCUGCUUCAUGGUUUUUGCUUCCGUGGGCCACUUUUCACUGGAUCGAGAUGUUCCUGAAAAUAGUCCACAUGCUGGAAAGGCCAUGAUUGUGUUCGCUUGUCUAUUCAUUCUCGGUUUUGCUACGACAUGGGGUCCUAUAGUUUGGACUAUCUGUGCAGAGCUUUAUCCAAGCAGAUAUAGAUCCAAGGCUAUGGGUAUAUCCACCGCCGCUAAUUGGUUCUGGAACUUCCUCCUCGCCUUCUUCACGCCAUUCAUUGUUGGUGAUAUCGACUUCCGAUACGGAUACAUUUUUGCGUCGUGUCUUUUCCUAGCCGCUGCGACGGUCUAUUUCUUCGUCAUCGAAGGGCGUGGAAGAACACUGGAAGAGAUUGAUACUAUGUAUCUCCUACACGUCGAUCCAAGAAAGAGUGCGGGUUGGGUUGCUCCUCCGCCAGAUCAACUCAUCACAACUGAAAAGCUCGUUUCAGGUGGUGUGGAAGCUGGGGUUCCUAACUUAGAGGCCGUAAAUAAGGAGACUGCGCCGGGGCCAACUACAACUCAUAAUGAGUAA